AUGAUAACGAUCUUCAGGCUCAAUAUAAUAAUGAUAAUAGUGAAUAACAUGGAUUCUAUAGACAUUGCGUUGGAUAUACUUACCAAACAUUAAGAAAUUUUUUUUUUCCCCAUCUCUUAAAUCUAACCAGGUGUCAGAUCCCCUCUUUCUUACUCCUCUCUUCUUUACUAUGCUAGCUGACUACAUAGUGGUACCGUCCACUAUAAUAAAACGGGUAUACAUCAUGUAUAGGAUCUAUAUACUAGUGAAUAUACAUGGUGCACGCUACAACUCCUGGUGGGUGAUGAAAUUGCACUGGCGUGAAAAAAUGGAAAUCUAUGAUUUUAUUGUAGUUGGUGGUGGAAUAGCAGGUGUGACAUGUGCUGAAUAUAUUGAAUCUCAGAAAUAUAAUACUCUUAUUCUAACAUCACACCCCUUAUUAAAAACAAUUUGCAAUUUUAUGAAGUUAACAAAACAUAUAGAAUCAUUUGAUGUAGUAGAAGAAAACUAUAUAGAGUUUAAAUCUAAACACCAUAGAAUAGAUAUCAUCAUUGAUUCUGUCUUAAUUUUCAAUCAUAUUCAAAAAACAAUUACCACAGCCUCUAAUAAAACCUUUAAAUACUUAAAAUCAUUAUGUAUAUGUACUGGUAGCCAACCUAAUAUAAUUUCACCUCAGAUUUAUCUUCAAAACAAUUUAAUAGAUAAAAAUAUAUUUGAUAAAUUAUCAAAUUCUUACAUCAUAUCAUUAAGAGAUACUAGUAGUGUUCAUGAAUUAAAAAUUUUUUUAAAGCAUGCCAAACGUGUUUUAAUUAUUGGAAAUGGUGGGAUAGCAACAGAACUAGUUUACAAAAUUGUUGAUUGUCAGAUUAUUUGGGUCAUAAAAGAUGAAAGUAUUGCUAAAAAAUUUUUAAGUCCUGGAGCUUCUGAUUAUAUUAUAUCAAAAUAUAUAAAUCAAGAAGAAUAUGAAAAAUCAGAUAAUUUUUAUAAAAAUCAAUAUAAGAAAUACUCACCCACUGGUGACAGAACUAUAUCUCAACAUGAGCAAAUUAUCCCUGGUAGUGCCUUAGGUCCUAAUUGGCAUAUCAAUUUAGAAUUGAAAGGUUCCAACAUAGACUGCAAAUGCAUACAUAAGCCUAUUAAUGUUCAAAUUGUCUAUAAUACAGAAAUUGAUUCCAUUUAUAUAACCUCCCAAAAACAUGAGGGAUUCCCACUAAAUGUUCAUCUAACCAAUGGUCAAUUGUAUGCUUGUGAUUUGAUAAUCAGUGCCACUGGUGUCAUCCCAAAUUCGAAUACAUUUAAGACUGAACCCACAAAUCUAAAAUUGAACCCGAAGGAUCUAAAUGGUAUACUCAUAGAUAAACAUAUGAUGACCAAUUUGGCUGACGUUUACGCUGCUGGAGAUGUUUGUUCUAUUGAUCCUAGUAAUUAUUCUCCCAAUUGGUUUCAAAUGAGAUUAUGGGAUCAAGCGUAUCACAUGGGCUAUUUAGCUGCUCAAAAUAUGACAAAUCCUUCGAAUAAGUUGGAACCAAAUCAGACAAAUAAUUUUUUGAUAGAUCAUAUCGACACCGAUUUUAAGGACGACUUUUAUUUCGAACUUUUUACCCACACAACCCGUUUUUUUGAUCAAAAGGUAAUUCUGCUAGGCCAUUUUAACCCAAUACUCUCUGACCAAUAUCACGAUUUUAAAUCUCAUAAAUCUAAAGUACAACAGGCCAAUCAAACGGGCAUCGAAUUUAUGUUUAGAAUCGAGUCCGAUCAGUACAUCGAAUUAGUUUUAUCGCGCAGCAGGGAGUCUCGACUAAAAUUCUGCGAAGAUGAAACUGCCAUUUUAGAAGCGAUUGAUUCUAAGACCGAUGAUAUAAGCCAAGCCAUUGGGUCCAUUAAUUUAAAUGGACCGCUUUAUAUCAGGGGAGCUAUUUUGAUUGGAGAGACAGGGCUCGAAGAAACUAUCGAAAAUUUGAUAUUGAAUGGAACCGACAUCGCUCCUUUUGGACAAGAACUUUUGAAUCCCAAUAUUGAUAUAGAGGAUUUUUUCGAUUAAAUUUAUUUUGAAAUCUAAACAUCAAUCAUAAUGCAAAAUGUGAAAAUAUUUUUAAUAGGUAAAAAAAAAUUAAAUAUUUAUGUUAUGAGAAAAAAUAAUUGGUAUUGGCGUUCAAGAAUAAUAUAUUUUAAUAAAAACUGUGAAAUCAUUA